AAGAAAGGGGCGCAUGUGUCGAACGAUGCAGGGGGUCCAGUUACCGUCCCAGGUUCCCGCGGUUCAUUUCAUAAAACCAACAUGGCGGAUGCGGAUGAUCGAAUAUAAGGAAUAUCACCGGCGACAAAACAGGGUUUCCACCAUGGGAAGAACUAUCAUAAUCGAGGAAAGCGUUGGCGAUUAUAUAUCUUCCCUGUAUGGCAAGCAUAAGUGGCAAAUUGGCUUGAUAAUUGGACAGCUCUCUCCACAAAGAGACUAUGUCCUCCAUUUGGCCAGGACACCAGAACAAUCAGGAAAUUCAGAUGGAGAAAGUAAACCAGCUACUAUGGAUGAGAUUGAAAACAACUGGAUUAUAGAGCAUGCUCAUCAGGUAUCAAGAAUGUUGACAGGAGGCUUGGAUGUUGUUGGAGUUUUUGCAUUUGGUCCUACAGACAUGCUUACCAAAACACAAGGAAAGCUUCGUCAACUUGUUUUCUCUUUCCAGAAGAAUGUACAUCACAGACCUGCAUCAUAUUUUGGUGACCUCAGUCACAGCAGAAUCCUACUUCAGAUUUGCUCUGCAACUAAGAAAAUCACUUGCAGAACCAUUGACGUGUCUGAUCAAAGAGCCACACCAAACCCAGCUGAGGUCAAGUAUCAGUCCUUUACUUCCAAGUGGCUAAAACUAGAAACCUCAUUGUCCUUGUCUAACACACACUUUACAGUUCCAAGAAAACUUGAAAGAUCUGGUCUUCAAAACCAAAUAAUGGGUAGUAUCCAGAACACGCUACAGAGUAUAUCAACUGCCUUAUGCACAGUGAAUGGAGAGCUUUGUACUGAUGACCAGCCACUUGUAUCUGGACAAAAGCCAGGAAAAUCUAGUCAUGCUGCUUCUAAAUCCACACAGACUUUUAAGAUUGACAUUUUUACUGAAGAGCCGUGUGGUCCUCUAGAUCCAGUGGAGACACAGACGGUUGCUUCUCUAGUAAUGAGUGGUUCUAUGUCUUGUCGAGCUUAUGUGCAUCAGAAAGCUACUGUCAAGGAGGCCAUACAGGCGUUGAAGUAUGAUGCGGUUCGCAGUUUCCUGUCUCGUUGUGAAGUACUGUGCGAAGAUGUCAUGGACAGUCAGGAGGAGAAAACAACUAACGAGACAUUCUCGUCAACAUGGACGUCUCCUCAAAGAGUGUUUGCUCCUCUCGGAGCCGGACCCGUUACAGUGUGCGACUAUGUGUUUAAGGACGAAACUUUCAAGGAAUCUAGAGAACGAAUGGCAGAACUGUUAAAUGUCGAUCCCAAAGAAGAAGACUUUGACUGAAGAGAAGAAUUCCCAGAUGUAGAAGCAGUGAGAAGUUUAGUAGAAGAAAUGGAAACUGACAGCGCAGACAACAAGAUGACGGACAACGAUCCAGUCCAACAAGGAAUUGGAAAGCGAGUAAUAGGCGCAGUUGUUGGCAUUGUUGUGGCGGUGGUGGCUGCUGGAGUGACUCUUCUUUGGGGAGAACAAGCGGGAUAAAAUAAAGCCCAAGAUAAUAGAUAGGUUACUUUAAGACUGAAUUAAAUUAUUGCCUUGCUCCACACCGAGUGUUGUUUUCCUGCGCCCGAAUUUUUGUUCCCGGCAUGUCAGGGCAAAAUAGGUGUGUGGUUGCUGUGGUUUGUCCAAUCGAAACCUGAAUUGGUGUACACAACAAUGAAGGUGAACGCUUUUUCUAGACAAAUUUGUUCACCUUGAGGCGUGUUGGCGAAGACGAAGAGGUUUUAGGAUAAGCAGUCCUAGGUCAAUUUAAAUCCAAUUUAACAGGGUGAAUCUAAUUCCCAAUUCCCUCUGAGACGCGCCUACAGGGUGAAUCAUGGACUAGGUAUUUCUUUUGAUAAAUACAACUACCAUGACUCUCAAAAAUUGAAAUUGGCCAUUCGAACCCAAUCGUUGUAUCGCAACGUUGUGUAGAGGUCGACGCAAAGAUGGACUGCGAAGGAAGCCAGAUCGAAGUAAGAAAUUGGUAGGGGUGGAAAUGGUUUGUUCUCUUGUUUUAAUAAAUGAGCGCUAUUAAAAUCCCUUUGAGGAUUGA